AUGGGAUUUGAUCUUGAUAAGUGCCUAGAAAGAGCUAAAGAAGGAUUAAAGCUUAAAGAAUUAGAAAUUAAAUUACUUUGUAUGAAAAUCAAAGAAAUAUUUGUCAAUGAAGAUAAUGUAAAAAGAAUUAGAGCUCCUGUAACUUUGGUUGGAGAUGUUCAUGGAUAAUUUUAUGAUGUGUAAGAGAUAUUUAGAGUAGGAGGUGAUCCCCCUUAUACGAAUUAUUUAUGGUUAGGAGAUUAUGUAGAUAGAGGCUAUUAUAGUGUGGAAGUUAUUACGUUACUCUUUCUACUUAAAUUAAAAUAUCCUGAACGCAUGACUUUGAUUAGAGGAAAUCAUGAGACAAGAUCUGUUACAUAAAAUUAUGGGUUUUAAGUGGAAUGUAUUUAAAAAUAUGGAGAUGGUUCUAAGAUUUGGGAAUAUUACACAGAUGCAUUUGAUUUUCUUCCUUUGGGAUGUAUAAUAGACACUUCUAUAUUUUGUGUUCAUGGAGGUUUAUCUCCUAACAUAGAAACCAUAUAAGAAGUAUCAAUGCUAGACAGGUUUUAAGAAAUACCAAGAGAAGGGCCUUAUACUGAUUUAAUGUGGUCUGAUCCUUCAAGUGAUAAAGAUCACACAGGUUUUAUGCUAAGUGAAAGAGGUGCUGGUUUCUUAUUUGGAGGAGAUGUUGUUGAAAAAUUCCUCCAUGUUAAUGGCUUAAUUCAUUUGGCCAGAGCUCACUAGUUAUGUACAGAUGGUUUUUAAGUUUUAUUUGAUGAUAAGUUAUCUACUGUAUGGAGCGCCCCGAACUACAUGUACAGAUUCAAAAAUAAAGCUUCAAUUUUAGAAAUAGAUGAGCACGGUAAUAGGUUCUUUAAUAUAUUUAUGGAGUCUCCUGAUAACAUCAAAAAAGAUGUAGGCGGUACUGGUGGUAUAUAAGGAAUUUAAAAUUAAUCAGCUAAUAACUAUUUUUACUGA